AUGGCCACCUCGCUAGCUUCUGCCAAGCUGGCGCAAGGAUCGGAUUAUUAUGUCCAGACCCAUUACACAAGCGACAUGAGCGGUGCUUCACAUGUGUUCCUGCGUCAAAAAGUGAACGGCCUGGAAGUGCUCAACGGCCGUAUGAAUAUCAAUUUGGACAAGAAUAACCAGGUGGUGUCGUAUGGCAAUUCCUUUGUUCGUCCAAUUGAACGAUCCUGGUAUCUUGACCAAUACCGAUUUAUUAAUACGCCUGCCGUAGUUUCCCCUGAAGAAGCUAUCGGAUCGCUUUUGGCAAGUGUGCGUCUGCGCCUUCCGGAUCCCACGGUUACAGUCAACCCAUCAACAUUUAUUCCCAUGGCAACGUUGAUGCCAUCUAGCAAAGAUAAAGACAGUGGUGCUGCCGCAACGCUGCUAUACGAGCAUGUACCCUUUGCACUAUCGCCAGUGCAGGUACGCAAAGCAUAUAUGCAGCUCGAAUCGGGCCACCUGGCUCAGGUAUGGGAUGUGGAGAUUGAAAUGGCGGACCACUGGUACAAUGCUCAAGUGAAUGCACACGACGGCACGCUGGUCGGCCUUGUGGACUGGGUGGCCGAUGUAUCAGAUGUGUACUACAACGUGAUUCCCUUUGGCUUCAAUGAUCCGUCAGCAGUCGAUCAAGUCCUGGUCCAUAACCCAUAUGACGAGUUUGCCAGCCCAGAGGGAUGGCAUGCACAAGGCACUUUGGAGAGCGGUCAUGCGCUGAUCUUUAAUGUUACCAUUGGCAAUAAUGCGUAUGCGCAUACGAAUCCUGAUGGCGGAUAUAGCUGGGAGCAGAAUUAUAGGCCGAGUGGCACAAUUGGAGAUACGGGUGAUAUUACGUUUGAUUAUAAGGCUGAUUUCCAUGACCAAGAACCCGAUGAAUAUGAGGAUGCUGCGGUGACAAACUUAUUUUAUUGGGUUAAUACGGCACAUGAUCUGUUCUAUCGAUACGGAUUCGAUGAAAAGGCCGGUAAUUUCCAACAAGACAACCUCGGUCGUGGUCGUCCUGGUGACGACUGUGCCGGUGAUGCUGUCAUUGCAAACGCACAAGAUGGCUCAGGACGGAAUAAUGCCAAUUUCGCUACACCACCUGACGGUCGUCAUGGCAAAAUGCGCAUGUACGUGUGGGACCAAACGAAGCCUAUGCGCGAUGGCGACUUUGAAUCGGGCAUUGUCAUUCACGAAUACACACACGGCGUCUCUAAUCGGUUGACCGAUAGUCCUAAAGACGUCAACUGCUUGGGUUGGGGCGAAGCCGGCGGUAUGGGCGAAGGCUGGGGUGACUUUGUUGCGACAAUCAUCCGGAUGACCGUCAAUGAUACACGUGAGUCUGAUUUCGGUAUGGGUGAUUGGGCCAAUGGUGGCGAUGGUAUCCGCAAAUACAAGUACUCGACCAGCAAAAAAACCAAUCCAAGCACAUACAAGAUUAUGGACGGAUUUGAAUACUGGGGCGUACAUGCCAAGGGCGAGGUCUGGGCAGAGAUGCUAUAUGAAGUAUACUGGAACUUGGUCGAUAAGCACGGCUUUACGACCGAAUGGUUCCCUCCAACGCCGGACAAGAACGGCGAUCUGAGAAAGGCUCGUGAACAUAUCCUUUCGCAUGGAAACACACUGGCAUUGAAGCUUGUAAUCGAGGGCAUGAUGCAUCAGCCGUGCAACCCUUCCUUUGUCGAUGCGCGUGACGCUAUCUUGCUCGCUGAUAAGCAUCUGACUGGCGGCGAAAAUCUCUGCCCUAUUUAUCAAGCAUUUGCCAAGCGUGGUCUCGGUUUUGAGGCCGGUUUGUUCAAGGAAGGCCCCUGGCUUGAGCGACGAGAAGAAAGCUUCAUCGUCGAGCCUGGUGUGUGCAAUGACGACGAGUCAGAGCAAUAUAACUAUUAUUAG